AUGGUGACCAGCCAGCUCUACUUGUCUGCCUAUAUCACAACCUACCUGAUUGGAUUCCCCUCCAACGCGCUGGCAUUGUACACCUUCUGCCGCAAGGUGCACCGUAAGCCCAUCCCCAUUGAUAUCCUCCUGCUGAACCUCACGCUCUCUGACCUGAUGUUCCUCGCUUUCCUGCCGUUCAAGAUGAAGGAGACAGUUGAUAACAUGGUUUGGCUUCUACCCGACUUCCUGUGUCCUCUGAGCAGCUUUAUGUUUUACUCCACCAUCUAUACCAGCACGUUAUUCCUGACGGCGAUCAGCGUGGAGCGGUAUUUGGGCGUGACAUUCCCUUUUCGGUACUCGGUGGGUCGUCGGUCGAGAUACUCCGUAAUUGCAAGCGUGUUCCUCUGGCUCUUCAGCUUUCUCAACCUGAGCUUUGUCUACAUCGUGCCCACUCUGCCUUUGGGUAGUGAUUACGCUGACCGAAAUAACAGCGUGGUGUCAUCUAGAAUGUGUUACAAUGGAUUCCACAGUGAGCAGCUGAAAAUCCUGGUCAAUGUCCGUUUGGAGCUCUUUGUCGUUCUGUUCUGCGUUCCCUUCGUGAUCUGCUCCUUCUGCUACAUCAACUUCAUCCGCAUUCUGUCCAGGCUGCCCCACAUCAGCCGGCGACGCAGGCUAAGGGCCAUCGGGCUGGCCUUGGGCACGUUACUGGUUUUCGCCGUCUGUUUUGGACCCUACAAUGUGUCACAUGUGGUGGGCUUCAUCCGGGAGGAUAACGAGGCGUGGCGGGACUUGGCCCUGAUCUCCAGCACCCUAAACGCCUCAUUAGAUCCCAUCAUCUUCUACUUCUCCUCCACCGCCGUUCAGAGCACUCUCAGCCGCUGCUUAAAGGCUGUGAAGGAGAAGCUUCUCGUCCUGAGAUGCCAAAAGGCUCACUGCUGCACUCUGACACAGACCUCUAGUGCUGUGACAGGCAAAAACACAAGCCCACCCCAAAAGAUCUGA